UCGGAAGAAGAAGAAAAAGAUAAUAUUUGUCGAACAGGAAGGCGUGCCUCCCACCCUUUUGUGUUUUCCUACAAUAUAAUGGACGUGAGAGGUGUUCAGCUGGUACUUUUCGUAUCCCUGGUGUUUGCCGCGGGCGCUGACGCGUUGUCAGGGCACACAAAAACGUUUUGGAACGAAACGACAGAAAACGUUCUCCAGUGCGUGGACUUGGAUAUAAAUUGUGACGUCAUGAAACAAAACCUAGCCUGCUGUCGACACGAGGUCGUCCCUUUACUACAUUAUGACGAAAUAACGACGUGUGCUGAAGGAUGGUUAGAAGACAGCAAUGAAAGCUGCAGUAUAGCUGCCUGCAGACACUGUCCGGUAAAUACAUUUUGCUUGUCCAAUGGAACGUGUGCCCAUUUUUGCGAGGUCAACAGUAAUAAAACUGCUACCUGUGUAUGCUCUCCUGGAUUGAAAACUGCUCCAUAUUGUAAUAUAUUCAAAAGAAAGAUGACACCAAUCGUAGUUUUGGAAAAAAUCAACAGGGCAGACAAAAAGAUCCUUUCGAAAAUAAGGCUUUACAACGAAAGAGCUUGGACCAAUAGGAAUGGAUUCAACCGUAUCACCGUUAUGGUACCUCAUAUCUAUUUUCCGGAUGUUAUAUCAUCACUCCACAAAAUCUACAAGGAACAAUACAAUUCGGCAAUCGUAUCUUUCAGCAAACAUGAGAGUAGUCAGAUACACGAUUCCCUAAGACGUCUCCAUACAGAAUGUGGUGGGAACAGAACCACUCAAACAUAUAUUUGCACUCUGUCAGCGUUUGACCGUUACAUUGAUCAUGGUGAUACGAUGAACAUUGACACCGAUUCUACCAUCUCCUUCAGUAGUCCACACUACACCUUGUCAAACCUAAUUAAUCGUACUCAAACAUUUCGUGCAUCAAUGGCCAUCGGGUUUGACUUUCAACCACCAGUACACUGCACAAAGAACUGCUCAUUACAACCACUUGAAGUUUCACCGGAAAUCUCAAAGGGACGGAUUCACAUUGAAUGGAAUGGAUGGGAAGAUGGGUUAUCUGGGAUCAAACAUUAUAUUCUUAGUGUUUACAAAAUGACGCCAAAUCAAGCCGGAGAUCUCAGCCAACCUGAUGAUUCAUGCUUCUCCAAUACAACAGACAGAACGAGCACAUAUUACCUCCCUUCACAGCCUGGCGUGUACGCCUUCCUCCUCAUAGUCGAGGACAACGCCUCAAACAGGAAUUAUGCUCGUCGCUUUGCACUCUACGACAGCACCUCUAGGAUCGACAUUAACAAAACAAAUAAACUAUAUUUCUCUAGUGCCUCCGAAGAAUCAAAUUAUCACUGGCAAAGCAACAACACAUAUAUCUCCGUCAGCUGGGAAGAUCAUUUUGUGAAUUACAUUCAUGAUAAAGGGAAAUUUCUAUCCCAGAUAGUCACAGAUCCUGUCGUUAUAGAUAAUAGUACAGUCAUACUUACGUAUGAUGAUCGCGAAGGUAAGAUUAAACUCACGGCAACACCAAACGCUAGAGGAAUCAUCAGAUUUGAAUAUGUGGGCCCACUUGCUGCUGAUCCAAAAGAUGGUAAACCUGAUACCGAAUCAUGGAGAGGACUAGGUCAGAUCGCCCACGAAUCCUUACAUAAAGGGUUUACAACAGCGCGAGGAGACGGGUCAUCGGACAAAGUUUGGAUAAAGGCUCACGAUGUUAUGGGACACACAGCUGUGGACUCCACCUACGUUUACUUUGACAGCAGUCCACCGACAGCAUAUGGAGAUAAAGCCAUUUUACAGAAAAAUAUACAUUCUCGAAAAUUCACAAGCAGGGUUAUCAUGGAGGCUACUGACAAGGACAGUGGUAUUUACCAGAUACAAUGGGAUGUACAAGAUAAAGUGACAGGUCGUAUCCUAACAUCGGGCUUCACAGCAGGGAAUAGAACGGAAGAUAAAGCAGACUGCGACAGCAACAUAAAGGAAUGCAGGUGUGUUGCUGACGGAGCGUGUUACCUGUUCAAACAUUACCUGUAUAUAGAUCACUGUCCUAUCCAGAUGUCCAACACUGAUUUACAGAUAGCAGAUCUAGUCCUUAACAUCAGGGUGGUCAACUACGCACUCCUUACUCACAAUUUUACCAUGAAGAUCGGAAAGGCAACCACUUUAAAUGGGAUAAAGCAGUAUUCCAAUCCAAUCGACAUUCAUACACCUACCCUGUCAACAGACAGUGUGAGGAUAGCUUGGAAUUUCGAGAAUAAUUGCUAUACCAGAACGGGCCUAAAGGUAGCAUUCAGGAAAACAGGACAGGAGUCUAGUACUUUUCACGACUUGAGAUGGAAUGAGACGGAUUUUGAAAUGAUGGGACUACUUCUCGGCACGGAGUAUGUUGCCACCUUCGUCAUUCAUUAUGGAAACGAAACAAGCAGUAGUUUGGAAUAUUCCUUCACCACAGAAUCCAUGAAGCCAGAAACGAAAUACGUCGUCGUGAUAACUCUUCUUUCCCUAGCGGCAUUGGUCAUGCUGAUAGGACUGGUUGUGACCUUGAGAAAAGUCAGGACUAUUCGCAGUAAUACAGAGCCGCCUCUACCGAGUCACCGAGCUGCACAGAAAGACAAACUACAAAGGAUAUCGAAUGGGUCGGACAGGUUUAAUAAGACUUCAAAAAAGAAUUCGUCGAAAAUGAAAAUUUCCGGAAAUCAUGAGAGUACCGUGCAAUAUGUAUCUGAAGCUUACGAGGAUGCCACGCACGGAAUUGAUACUGAUGAUGUUUACGAGGACCUGGACGACGCCGCAAAUACACCUCCUAGCGAUGAUAUCACAGAUGUUAGUUUCGAUGAGCUUAUCUCUGAAGGAUCCUUUGCUACUGUCUACGUCGGUACAUGUAAUUUACCAGCAAAGGGACAAACACAGUGUGCCUUAAAAACACAUAACGUUGGCAUGGAUGAAGGGCAAAUUCAAGAAUAUGAAGAAGUAGCGAAUGCACUGUUACACUUCCAUAGAAAACACGGCAUACAAGCAUCGAAUAUUCUCCAAUACUACGGAUUCAUCAAUGAAGGAAAAGAACAACCAACUCUGGUAAUGGAAUAUUGUGGAAAUGGGGCACUAGGAGAUUGGUUAGCAGAAGUAGAAAAUCAGGCGCAGGUGGGCGAUCUGGAAGAAAUCGUUUACGGAAUUGCUUGUGGAAUGGAGUAUUUGGUUGCAAGGAAGAUAUUCCAUGGCAAUCUGACAUCCUUUAACGUCCUACUGAACUCCAACCUAGAACCGAAAAUAAAAGGGAUUGGUGAAAGUGAUUACACUGAGGAAUCUAUGAGGUGGCAGGCUCCGGAAACAUUUAAUAACAACGAAAAGCCAAAUGAAGCAGCGGAUGCAUGGUCAUAUGGAGUUGUCAUGUGGGAAGUAUUUUCUCAAGGCAAUAAGCCGUAUGGAGACAGUGACGGUACAGCUUUGGAAGCGGUGGUUAAGAGCGGGUUCCAGUUAAGUCAGCCAGAGCUCUGUUCAGACGCAUUCAAUGCUGUUAAGGUAACGUGUCUUCAACUUGAUCCAGCAAGCCGACCGACUUUCACACAUAUAGUGGACGCCAUCAAAACAACAAAAGGUUCCAGCAUGAAUACUGAAAUCGAAGAACCGGACAUUUAUGAAAACACAGCCACCACGGAUAUAGUGAAAAUGUGAUUUGAAUAUUUGUACGGUAGAUGUGUCAUGACAUAACGGAUUGCAAGUCAUUGUAUUAAGGUUACAGGGUUAAAGCGUCUAAAGAGAUGUCUGCCACAAUAAAUUGUGACUUGGAAUUCAAUCAAAACUUCUACGCUCUUUACAUGUAUGACAUUCCAAGAUCUCUUUUGUAUAAAGGAAAACAACAAAAAAUAUGUUGAAACACGUCCGUAUCAUAUCGAUUGUGCGUCACUAAUAUUUGUAUAUGUAAAUACUGUUUUGUACCUUGUGAAUAUGUUUUAAUGAAUCAAAAUAUAAAGAUAGCGAUAGUAUGUAUUAUACGUGAAUGACUUGCAAGUAUUUAAGAAUAUCGGGAACAUUUCACUUUUGCUACUGGAGUACACAUUUCCGUUUUAUACUGACUGCACAAUUUUGCAUGUGCUUGCACCUUUCAAUGAUAGUAAUAAUAGUAAAUUAUACACUCUACCAAAACGAAAAUUGGAGAAUGAGUGAAGAACUUUCAUAACAAGUCUUAGGACGAAAAGGUCACUUGCACAAAUACGAAACAGACAGAACCGAUCGGACCACCCCGGAUAUAAAAUUGUAUACAUGAAUAUCUACGUUUUUAUUAUAAUAAUUAUAAAUAUGCCUUGUUAUUUCGUUGUUACUCCCCCGGUUUUCAUUGCCAUAUAUUGAUAUGAUAGUAUCACCAUUGUACUAGAGGAUACUUCCGUCUCGGGAACACCUUGUAAUUUUCUCUUGUAUAGUUUCAAAGAGUUUUAUGAUUUUUUUUUAUUUUUUUUUAUAUUUUAUCCUAGUUCACAUAUUUUGAGUUUGAAUUACGAUUUUUGUCAUGCUUUACUAAUAUUUUGUUGCCGUUUACCUGGCAUUGUCCAUUAAUUCAUUUUUAGUACAUGUUUGAUGAAUGUCUAUAUCGCUCAUUGAAUAAUUAUCAUCUGAUUGUUGAAGUUUUGCAAUACAUGUUAUGUGUUUCAGCGCCUGAGCUUUGUGCUUUACUAAGAUAUAUUCAGUUAUUUAUAGUACAUUAUUCAUUCUUUCAAUUAUUUUAUUUGCAAUAAAAAUAUU